ACUAGGGUUUUAGUUUUGCAGCAGCAAGCAUUUUGCAGAAGCCGAAUCAGUGAGAGAAGCUUGCAACGCAGAUAUGGCUCCUAAACGAGGUGGAAAAGCGCCAGUUCCAGCUUCGAAGAAGAAGCCUGAGAAGGUUACGAACCCGUUGUUCGAGAAGCGUCCUAAGCAGUUCGGGAUCGGAGGAGCAUUGCCGCCAAAGAGGGAUUUGACUCGUUUCGUGAAGUGGCCUAAGACCGUACAAAUCCAGAGGAAGAAGAGGAUCCUUAAGCAGAGGUUGAAGGUUCCACCAGCUUUGAACCAGUUCACCAAGACCCUUGACAAGAACCUUGCAACCAGCCUUUUCAAGAUACUUCUGAAGUACAGGCCAGAGGAUAAAGCUGAAAAGAAGGAGCGACUUUUGAAAAGGGCCCAGGCCGAGACUGAGGGCAAAACUGUUGAAGCUAAGAAGCCUAUUGUUGUGAAGUAUGGUCUCAAUCACGUUACCUACCUUAUUGAGCAGAACAAAGCUCAAUUGGUUGUGAUUGCUCAUGAUGUGGACCCAAUUGAAUUGGUUGUCUGGCUUCCCGCAUUGUGUAGGAAGAUGGAAAUUCCAUACUGCAUUGUCAAGGGCAAGGCUCGCCUUGGAUCGGCUAACUUCAAUGACAAGUAUGAUGAGUACAGAAAGAAAUGGGGUGGCGGUAUCAUGGGUUCUAAAUCCCAAGCCAAAACUAAGGCAAAGGAGAGGCUUCUUGCUAAGGAGGCUGCUCAGAGGAUGUCUUAGAGUAUUCUUAUAUUUUGUUGCUUUAGAGUUGCUAUUUUUGUGUUUUAAUCUUUGAUCUUUUAAUUAAAUCUAAGGAUAUUUUUGGGAGACUACUCUUUGUAUUGUCACAAUAUAUACGUUUGGUUUUCAAAUGAGCUGAGCAUUUCAUUGUUUAUUUUUC